UGUAAAUAUUGAAAACUGCUGCCAUCCUUUAUAGUUCGGCAUUUGCGUAGGACAGCCUUGAUGCACGUAGGACUUCUUAUGGCGAUAGUUUGAGAGCUGCUGCAAAAUGAUUUUGUUGUGGAGUUGCCUCUUGUCAUCUUUCACCGUGUUGAGCGGUCAACAGACAUAUCACGUGACGUUCCUACACUCGCCGGGCACUGCAUCCAUCACUGACGUCAACUUAGGCAAUAUAAAAUUGUCGAAGCAAAACUACUUGAAUGCAAAUGACGGUACAUACACUUUAUCUGCAAAUGCAUGUGAAGUAAACGCAACUGUCUCAGUUGGGUCAAGUUUGCAUACCAAAGUACUGACAAUGAUGGCUCCAAAUUGCAGUGGAGUGAUUCCUGCGGCAGUGGGUGUCAGCCCGAGCGGAAUGAGGCUGACCGUGGAAGACAACGUUGUGGUUCACGUAAACCAGUACUCACAUGAUGAUUCCGACUGGGAGACCUACCUUGCCAUCCCGGACAAGCACCUGGGCUCCGAGUACUACGUGCUCACCUACUGUGCGAUGGGCGGUUUUUGCCAAAUGGCUAUCACGCCGGUGGAGGACCAGACCUCUGUCACCAUCUUCUUCCGUAAUGGCGUCGAAAACAUGCCAAACUGCGCCAGCGGCUCGACUGUCUUGGAUCCCGUUCACGGCACCGGCAUUCCUCUAACUCUUAACGAAGGGGAAGUGUUUCACCUUGAAUCCACUGUAGACCUCAGUGGUACAUACAUUGUUUCCGACAAAAACAUCACUGUCAUUGUUGGGGGAAGAAAAAUACCAGCAAAAGUAAAUGGUGACAAUGGAAUUAUGACGACACAGUUGCCGCCUGUAAACAGGUGGGGAACUGACUUCAUUGUUAUUCCAAACACCAUGAACAACGCCGGAGACCUCGUAAAAAUCAUAACACAGGCAAACCAUACGGAGGUUUAUAUUUCAGGGUUCUCACCUUUCGUAAUUCCCAAGGCUGGUUCCGCCAUAGUGCGGCGGCUUGAUUGGGGAAUGUCUAGUGUGAUUCAGACCAGUAGCCCCGUCAUGAUCCUUCAGGUGAUGUCAAUUGACCUGUACAACGAUUCAACGGCCGUGGUUGGAUCCCCGUCUAUGUUGAUCAUACCCUCAAGAAAGCACUGGAAACCGGCAUCGAGCUUGAUUUUCCCAUGUAACAGUGGAACUGAGCUUGAUUCCUUUGUGUUAACUGUAACGAAAGGAAAUAUAACUCCAGGCUCAACAACGACGAUACAGGAGUAUCAAAUGUUGGAUUUCAAUAUACAAAACAAUAUGCGAGUCUCCUCCGAUCCAGAAGGGCCGUAUCAGCUUAUUUCCAACGAUUCAGUCCUGGCGUAUGGAUAUUGCCGCCAUACUUCCGCUUAUCUCCUGGAUGUCGACUGGACACACGUAACACAGAACUGCAAGAGGAGCAGGUCGUUGCCAGGCGACCAGGUGGACAACGAUUGUGACGGCGCGGUGGACGAGGACACGUGUACACCUGAUGACCUUUACCAGAGGUUUACCGUGGCGAGGAGCGAUAACACCAAUAACUUCUAUGUCGUUGGAGUGGAGGGUUGGACCACCAUCCCCUUCCACGUUCAACUGAAUCCGGGAAGUAUCGUCUCACUCAGCGUCGUUGGCGAUGAAGACAAUGGCGUCCCCUUGGCGUCCAUUAUAAUCACAGAAACCUCGGUGUGGACGGAAACAUGCUCAAGCCCGCCAUGCAAUACGGAGACAAUCACUCCGAACGACAUGAUUUUUACUAUUGUGGUUGACCAAACCGCCUCAGACACGACACUGGACUUCUCGGCUAGCAGUAGCAAUACGUUCACAUUCAAAACACUACCAGCAGCGCAGCCACCCAAGUACAUUGUAGUGUCAAGCUUGGAAGGAAAAGCUGAUUUCAAAUUUGAUAUUCAUGAUAAAGACUGCAGUAAAGUAUAUUCAGGCGACGCAGACGGCCUUGGACAAAUGUUCGUGGUUCCCUGUAAUAGUGGUAACAAAUGCGAGAUAUACGUCAACACGGCGGACACGAAUGCCAUUAACCUGACGAAACCCGAUGGUACCCAGUUGCCUGUAACUUGCGAAACAGACGGCUCCUGGAUAAGAGCAACGCUUCAAUCAGAUAUUCCUACAGAUACGACUAUGUUGUUACUGCAGGCAACAGUCGAAGUGUCUGUGUUUGCACUCAUUAAUGACACCUCGGGGCAAAAUGGGGUGAAACUUAUACCCGUGGACGUGGCAGGACCCGCGUACCAUAUACUGCCUAAUACAACGUGCACGGUAUAUGCCCACCAGACUGAACUCCAUUGGAGGCCCGGGGAUCAAGCACAAGUGGAUGUUCAAACCUACAGUACCAAAUCAGGAUCUACGGCCGAUCCUUCCACAGCCUUUCCGCUCAUCAUCCGGGCAUACGAGCCGAUGCUUGUGUUCUGUGGAACGCCAGAAACCAUAGGUGUAUCCGCGCCGAGUGUGCAAAUCCCGCCACGAGACACGCUUGGAAAGCAUCAUUUCAUCCCCAGGCUAUCGGUCGUUGUUUGGGCUAAGUUGAGCAUCAUCACCAGCGCUGAUAGCACCGUUGUGACCAUCAAAGGAGACUAUCAUAAACUGGACACUUUCAAUGCCGCUCCUGGCAUACAUACUCGUGUCAUGGUCCUGGAUAUGCUGUAUGAAAUCGAGGCCAGCAAGCCUGUCCAGGUACAUUUACAUUUGCAAACUCCUGCCGCGAGAUACCACGAGAUCAUAGUUCCUGCCACGGACAAAUACAACCCUAUCACUUCCAGUCAGCUCCCGGGGUCAGCAAGCUCCGUGUUAAGUGUUGGUGUGGAUGCAAACGGAACACAUUACAGCAAUUCUACGCCGACAGCACCCGUGUUUUGGCUCUAUAUGUUUGAUUUAAACAACCAAAGAUACGUCUUACAGAAUGACCAGAAAUACCACACCACCAAUGAUGUGUGCGAGCUAUCGGACCAGCUUCUGUCUGGUGACGGGAAGGAUAACGACUGUGAUGGACUCGCGGACGAGGAGGGAGCCUGCGCCAUGUCCACUGCCCCCGGCAGUGUUGACCCAGACAUAGACGGGGCGCUGUAUGAGGAUUGCUUGACUGGAACAGUGCCCACAUCAACAAUAUCGCUGGGAGUCGAUUCUACCGACGUUCAAUGCUCUACUGGUGGCGGCGUUGGGGGAGAGUUCAUAGACAACUUCCUGCCCGUUUCAGUCAACUCGAGCACUCUUCCUGUCACUGAAACCUCCACACCCGCGUCCCCACCCCCUAUCUUGGAGGACACAUAUCCAGAACUGCCCAUCCCUACUACAAACGCGGGAGCCUCCGCCAUGUUCUCCACGUCCACCUCAAGCAGCAGUAGAGACACAUCCGCAAAUGCCACUACGGCUGAAGAGUGCAUGCAACCCUGUUACUGCCCGUGUGGCUGGGUCGAGCCCAAGAACUACACCACCGCCGAGAUACAGCAAAAGGUCGCAGAAAUACAGGCGAAACUCAAGGUUCCGGUCAAGGAUCUUAGCGCUACGAAGCGGAAGUUGAUCAGCGCACCUGACUACCGCACGGCAGCCAAGGCUAUCGGGUAUGUGGGCGUGGCCUUUCUCGUGGUCUCCCUUGGCUCCAUCUUUCUGCUUGACGUUCCCACUCUAUUGAACGACGCUAAGAUGCUUGUGGAGAACAUGCGCAACGUGUUUCCGCGCUGACUACCCGCAAA